AUGUCAACACAACUAUCGACAACUGAAUAUAACAAAGCUUUGACGUAUAAAAUCGGAGAAAAAUGUCUUUGUUAUCAUGGGCCUAUGAUUUAUGAAGCGAAGGUGAGCGAGAAUUAUAAAGGUGGUGAAGGAGCUUACGAGUUAGAAAAAUCUUCGUAUAUGGUGAGAGGGGAUAUACCUUGCAAGUUAAUCUUGAUUCCGUUUGAUAAACAGAUAUUGAAAGCUCAAAUAUUUGAGGAGAAACACCCCGAAUCUAAUGAAACAGGGCCACACUACUUGAUUCAUUAUAAGGGGUGGAAAAACACGUAUGUUUGGUCUUAUUCUGAUUAUACUGGUUCAUCUUGGGACGAAUGGGUAGUUGAAUCACGUGUACUAAAGUUCAAUGAAGCCAAUCUUAGUAAGCAAAAACAAUUAAAAACGGCUUUUUCGCAAAACAAAACUAAGGCUUCGGCCGGUGCUGCCGCUUCAUCGAUAGGAUCGAUUACACCAACGCCCGGAAGAAAAAGUGCAACAGAUCCUGCUUAUGUAUCUCCAGAGAAGAGUAAAAAGAGGAAGCGAGAAUUGUUUGACAAGAAUGAUCUUAUUAAACGUCAAAAACUCGCACUGUUUGAUCUACCCGAGCCAUUAAAAGCACUACUAGUGCACGAUUGGGAAUGCAUUAAUAAAUCUCAAUUGUUGGUACCCUUGCCGCGAAGCCCAACCGUCCAAAAUAUCAUUGUUGAUUAUAAGCUUCACUUGCAAGAAAAGCACGGUGAAAUUGGGGAUGAGACCGAAGAAGUGCUAAAAGGUGUCAAACUUUAUUUCAAUAAAUCAUUGGGUGGACGUCUCUUGUAUCAGGACGAACGAGAACAGUACCGUGAGAUGCGAAAUAAAUACGAGGCACCUGUUGAUUAUGUUGAUAUUUAUGGCGCAGAACAUUUGUUAAGAUUAUUUGUUACAUUUCCCGAAAUCUUGAAUCAAACGCUGCUUAACGAUGAGAUCUUGGAAAUGUUAAAAGAGUUAAUAGUGAAUUUUAUUAACAUUAAUAGUCCAGAGCUAUCGAGUACCAUCUCCGUAGUACUGAUGGACGAUGUUCUGGGGCAUCAUACUAAAAAAUUCACACCUAACCAUAAAAGUCUAGCUAAUGUGUAUGCGACGACUAAAAAGGACAAACUCCCGAGACACCCAAACAAACCAUUUUCGUGGACUAUUGUAUUGGAUCUGUCACUUGACGGAUUUUUCGAAUUUAUUAAAAACAAACAUCACCAGAUUUAUAUAAGAAGAAAUGAUACUAGAUAG